UCAGAGGCCCGCUAGCGGCCCGGGAGUUCCCUCGGGUUGCUACAGUUUAAACCCAACAUUCGGUGCCCGCGGCGCGCUUAAAGGGGAAGCUGCCCUGGUGGAUGCGGAAGAGGGGAUCCUGACGGCCGAAGCGAUGGGUGCCAGACGUGAUCCCAGGAGGGGAUUCUAUCCUUGGACCAGGCUGGGCCUCUGCCUACGGCCGGUGCUGUUUCUAGGCCUCUGCUGCUGGCAAACGCGCGGGGUGGCCACCCCUGAUCAGGUGAAGCCCCUGAUCACGAUGGAACAGUUGCUGUGGGUGAGCGGCAGCGUCAUUGGGGAGGUGAACACCUUCAGAGUCCCCCUCAUCGCGGCGACGCCACAGGGCACCCUUUUGGCCUUCUCCGAAGCCAGGAAGCACUCUGCCUCCGACAUUGGGGCUAAGUUUAUAGCCCUCCGCAGGUCGCUGGACAAAGGCGCCACCUGGACCCCGACUUCCUUCAUAGUUGACGACGGUUCCCUGCAGGAUGGCCUCAACCUUGGGGCGGUGGUGGUGGACUCUGAAAAGGACAUUGUGUUCCUGGUUUAUACGCUCUGCGCUCACUACAACAAAUGCCCCACGGCCAGCACCAUGAUAAUUCGCAGCCGCGACGACGGCAUCACAUGGAGCAUCCCCCGGAACCUCUCUGAGGAGGUUGGCACAACCAUGUUUGCCCCGGGACCAGGCUAUGGCAUCCAGAAACGUUAUGAGCCCAAGAAGGGGCGUUUGAUCGUUUGUGGCCACGGGACGCUUUUGCGGGACGGGAUCUCGUGCCUCCUCAGCGACGACCACGGCUUAAACUGGCAAUACGGGCGGCAGCCGUUGCACGGGAUCCCUUAUGGCAAGGAGAAGCUGCUCAGCGACUUCAAUCCCGACGAAUGCCAGCCCUACGAGCUUCCGGACGGCUCCGUGGUGAUAAAUGCCAGGAACCAGAACUUCUACCACUGCAGUUGCCGCAUUGUGGUUCGCAGCUACGAUGCCUGUGACACCCUCCCGCUGGAGAACGUGAAUUUUGACGACACCUUGGUAGACCCCGCUGUGGCUGCCGGAGCCCUGGUCAAAUCCGGCCUCGUCUUCUUCAGCAACCCGGCCCAUGAAAGGCAGCGGGUGAACAUGACGCUGCGUUGGAGCUUCACCAAUGGCUCUUCGUGGUGGAAGGAGCCCCUGCAGAUCUGGAGCGGUGCCAGCGGCUACUCCUCGAUGACGUCCCUGGACGGGGCUGCCCCGGAGGAUGCUCACAGCCUCUUCAUCAUUUACGAGAAGGGGCGCUUCCAGUCCACUGAGAGCGUCUCCGUUGUCAAGAUCAACAUCAACGGGAAGCUCUGACCGCACUUUGGGGCCCUCGGCCGUCCCCUCUCCCCAUGUGCCUUGUAGUCACACUUGAAGCUCUGCGACUGCUGGGUUAGGAUAGAAGGGAAUUCGUGGGGAGAAAUCAGCAACGUUGGGUGGGAGGGCCCGGGGCAGCGAUUUGAAGGGCAUUUGGCAGAAAAUACUCUCUACAAGCCUCCCUAGUGGGCAAUGCAGGCCCAAGCCAUUCCUUUCCCCCACAGUGACGUUGGGGCUGCCGUUCUACCUCAGAAAAACUCCUGAUUUUAGAUGCUGCUAUUGAAUUUCUGGACAGGUGGAGGUUGCGAAGGCGAGGGGGGUGGGGUGGGGAGGUUGGAGAGAGGAAGACUGAUGACGACGAAAGUAGACUGAUGAAGAAGCACGCGAUUAAUAUACAUUGGUUUGUUUUUUAAGUGGGGUCAACCGGAAGGAGGAAAGCCGGGACGUUUUGCGAUGGAUUAAUAAAUUUAUUGAUGCACCUUUCACCUAUCGUCUCUGUCAAAUUUUAAAAACUUAUUUCUAGUAAGAAGGAGCACCCAAGAACUGGAUGUAAACAGCCAGGCAGAUACCCCUGGAAAGUUCACAAGCUGGCCACUUCCUGUCGUUGAUCCCCGGCAUCCAUAACUUGAAACCUGGGGCUCCCAUUUAUCCAUAGGAACAUAAAGUGGUACCUUGGUUUACAACGGACAUCCCCAAACUUCGGCUUCCAGAUGUUUUGGACUACAAUUCCCAUUUCCCCCGACCACUGGUCCUGUUAGCUAGGGAUCAUGGGAGUUGUAGGCUAAAACACCUGGAGGGCCGCAGUUUGGGGAUGCCUGGUUUACAACCAUAAUCCGUUCCGGAGGUCUGGUUGUAAACCAAAACAGGUUGUAACCCAAGUCGCGCUUUCGCCAAUGGGGUCUCCCCCCCCCCCCCAAAAAGGGUUGUAAUCCCAAAAAAUGGGUUGUAAUCCAAAUAAAGGGAGAGGGACAUGCACUUCCGGGUUUGACGUGGUUGCAAUCCAUGGGUUCCCAAACUAAGGCACGGGGGCCGGAUGCGGCCCAAUCGACUUCUAAAUCUGGCCUGUGGAUGGUCUGGGAAUCAGCAUGUUUUUACAUGAAUAGAAUGUGUCCUUUUAUUUAAAAUGCAUCUCUGGAUUAUUUGUGGGGCCUGCCUGGUGUUUUUUACAUGAGUAGAAUGUGUCCUUUUAUUUAAAAUGCAUCUCUGUGUUAUUUGUGGGGCAUAGGAAUUCGUUCAUAUUUUCCCCCAAAAUAUAGUCCGGCCCCCCACAAGGUCUGAGGGACAGUGGACCGACCCCCUGCUGAAAAAGUUUGCUGACCCCUCCAAAACAGUUGCAAACCAAGGUUGUUGUUUAGUCGUUUAGUCGUGUCC